AUGUCAUCUCCCAAAGUGACUUUAGACGACAGGCGCAUACGUGCCAAAUUGCAUCAAGCAGUCAAGGUAGCGCAUUCUGCCGCAAAAAAAGCAAGGCAACAUGAGCUGCAAAGACACGUGCGACGUCUUAAGCAGUGUACGGAAGCCGAACGAUCAGACCUCGAGAAAGAAUUGUACUACUUGAAAACACUUGAUAUUCAUGCACUCGCCCUACGUGCAUUGUCAACCAAGCUUGUAAAAGCAAAGAUACUCCCAAAACAGGCUCAGGGAGCGGACGAAGAGCGCUUCCCCUUAUUACCCUUUGCACUCGAGGCCAAAGUGGAUCCGGCCACCACUGAAACCUUGCUGUCGUUCGAGCACAAGGCACAUGAGCACAUAUGCAAUCAGGUGCUUAGCUCGAAAGUGCUUGCUAGUGAGCUUACUGCGUGUCUUGCUUCCCUCAUACCCCUCGUGACUCAGCAAAAGGCACCCAAGACACCUGUCACGGAACCUGUUAAGAGCGACAAGGAAGCAAGACAGGUAGAAGUUGCCCCUCCUGAAGAUGGCUAUGAGAGCGAUGAUGGCAUGGGAAAUCAAGAAAAUGUGCACAUGCGGGGCGACAUGGAUACACUGGUCGCAUCCGGCAGCGAUACAGAAGAAGAUUCGGACGAUGAAGAUACCCCGCGAAAGCGUGCCAACACAUCAGAGGAAGACGACGAGGAGGACGCUUUCUUGCCUAGCCUACACACAGGCUUCAUCCCAGGCGAUGACUGGAGUGACGCUGAAGCAGACUAUGCAGAUACAGGAGGCAAAGGUCCGGCGAAGUCACAGCGCAAAAAUCGCCGCGGCCAACGCGAACGCCGUGCUAUUUGGGAGAAAAAGUAUGGACGGCAUGCCAAUCACCUCAAGCUUCGUGAAAAAGAACCUCGCAAAGCACGCGAACAUCGCGCGCCGGACCGACCUACGAAGCGCCCCAAGCCCAUGCAAGCUUCGCCACCUAGGCAACCUCGAACCCAGGACCCUCAUCCUCCGUCAUUAUCACGCGUAAAGCCAGCACCACCUCCUAGCAAUGCGCCCCUACACCCCAGCUGGAUUGCCAAGCAGCGAGCCAAAGAGGCACAGCAUGCGGCGAAACCCCAGGGCACCAAGGUAGUUUUCGAUUAG